AUGUUACGAGGGGAAAGCGAACCACACCCCAAGUUCAUAAAGAAAUGUGUAAACAUUGUAACAAUGUCGACGAAAAGAAUGAGUGACUCAGGAUUAAGUGGCCUGAACUUCCAAGAUCUGAUCGUGCGACAGGGUGCCAUCGAUUCACCGCCAAAAACCCCAUUCAUCCUUGGUUUUGAAUGUGCUGGAGAAGUCGAGCAGGUUGGCGAAGGCGUCACCAACUUCAAGGUUGGAGACCAAGUAGUCGCUCUUCCGGAGUACCGUGCCUGGGCAGAGCUGGUGGCUGUACCAGCACAGUAUGUGUACGCUCUGCCCUCGGGCAUGUCGGCCUUGGACGCCGUGGCCAUCACAACCAACUACGUGGUGGCUUAUCUGCUCCUCUUCGAGAUGGCCAACUUGACGCCUGGCAAGAGUCUUCUUGUCCACUCCGCUGGUGGUGGCGUGGGUCAAGCUGUAGCUCAACUGGCCAAAACGGUUGACGAUGUGACCGUAUUCGGAGUAUGCUCAAAGAGCAAGCACGAAGCCCUCAAAGCGAACAACAACAACAUCGAUCAUUUACUUGAGAGAGGCAGCGACUACACCAGCGAAGUCAGGAAGAUUUGCCCUGAUGGUGUGGAUAUUGUUUUGGACUGCCUUUGCGGUGAAGAGUGCAACCGUGGUUACUCGCUUCUCAAGUCCAUGGGACGGUAUAUCUUAUACGGCUCAUCUAACAUCGUGACCGGCGAGACGAAGAGUUUCUUCAGUGCUGCGCGUGCGUGGUGGCAAGUGGACAAGGUGUCGCCAAUCAAGCUGUUUGAUGAGAACAAGAGCUUGGCGGGUUUGAACCUCCGACACCUGCUAUUCCAGCACGGCCGUGCUGACUACGUUCGUCGUGCUGUCGACCGUGUGUUUACACUCUGGGGAGAAGGAAAAGUCAAGCCACUGGUUGACUCCACCUGGGCAUUGGAAGAUGUUGGUGAAGCGAUGCAAAAGAUGCACGACCGCAAGAACAUUGGCAAGCUUGUACUAGACCCGUCGCUUGAGCCCAAGCCGAAACCCGCAACUCCCGCCAAGGGCAAGUCCGGCAAGGAAAAGAAGCCAGCCAAAGAAAGCUCCGAGGAGAAGAAAGAAAAAGAGACUAAAGAGGAGGAGAAGAAGCCAGCGGAGAAUGGAGAAAAGAAUGGUGAGGAGGCCCUCACUAACGGUAACAGCGACGAAGAGUCCAAGGAUAAGGAGAAGGAAUCCAGCUGA